UUUUUCCCACCAUCUACCUGCAGUUAUCACUCUAUACCAAGGGUUUUUUCUUGAAGUAAUUUCGGUAAGAUAGCAAAUGAGUUAAAACCCGACGAAAAAACCCACAUACAUCAAAACAACAAGGUUUAGAGGAUGGAAGCGAUUGUUUUCUAUCAAGAGAACAUGGUAACCAAUUGCUAUGCACCCUACUCUUUAUUGUUUAUAAUAACAAUAGAAAUCAUAAUGAGGCAGGUUGAGAUCAGUAUCUUAAUACUCAUACUUGUCUGAUGAUAGAUCGAGUAUUUUAUCUUAGCAUGUGAAGUUUGACACUGUAUAUUUAUUUAAAGGAAAACAAGAUCCGAGACAAUUUAUUUUUUCACUUAAAAGACAAGAAACAAACUAAGACACGAUCAAUGUAGCUAGUUUGAGAAAUGAAAGUUAUCACUUAAUUACAAUUGAUGAGAUAUUUUAUGGAUGAUAUAUUAUGUGACUUGAAAGGAACUGAGUGAUUUAUCUCAGUUGAUGAUGAAGACAAAAUGAAUCUAUCAUAUAUCUAUUUGAUCCUCAAAAUUGUAUUGAUUGUAGUGGUUUCACAACAAGUGUUAAAAGAGUCAUUUUAGCUUUGAACUUCAUCAAGAGCAAGAUUCUCGAACAAUGAUAAGUUAUUAAAUAAUUAUCUAGUAGGACAUACUAAAAGAGAAUUCUUGAUUCUACAAAAAGAAAAAAGAAAAAAAUUAUCGAGAACUAUAGACAUUGAGUGUAUUUUAUAAUUUUCAGAAUUGGAAAACACGUCACGUUAUUUGUUGUAACCUGUAUUAGUGAGAUUCCUAUAAAAAAAAUUGUACCAGAGGGAUUUUUAAAAAAAAUAUAACAUGCAUAAAUAAAAUUAUUGGAUCUGCCACGGAUUUGAACUGAUUAGGUCAAAGUGAAUACACAUGUUCUUUCCAAAACAGAUUAUACAGAUGGAAUUGGAUGUAUCAUAUCAAAAUUAUUAAACCUAAAUUACGAGAUCGUUUGAAAGUUGCAAUUAUUUUUGUGAGAUUGUUAUUAUACUUGUAUUGUUGAGGAUGAAUAUUUUUUCUAUUUUUUAUCAGACAUAAUACAUUGAUUGUUUCUACGAUGUGACAGAAACUUUGUUAUAUCUUAUCUUUCAGCUCAGAUUGUUGAGAUAGUUGAGUUGAAAUUUUUUAACCUAAACUUUUAGCUUAUGUGAUAUAUAGAAUCCUGGAUAUCAAACAUUUAAUUUUAAAAUACAUCAAAUUCAACAAUACAUAUAUAAUAUUAUACAUAUAUUCACAACACUUUCCAACCAACCCUAAAUAUGCAAUUCCACAUAUAUUAUAUUGACAAAAUGAUAUUUUUGACGAGGAGGACAAGAGAUAUUGAUGUUUACAAUGAUAAAAUGUCAUUAUUAUUAUGAACAAAAGGUAGGGGAAAGAUGCUAUGAAUACAUGCACAUCACAACUUAUCCUUUUCAUUUCUCAUUUCCUUUUGUUGUUUUCGUUAAUUGGUUAGUGGGAAAGAAAGGACAUGCUGUGUGAGAGUUGGCCCCACCCAUGUACUAAGAAAAGCAACCCCCAAUCCCCACUUCUGAAAAUUACCCAACCAAUAAUAAAAAGCCAAACACUUCUCAUGUAGUACACAAUAUGACACCAAAGUAAGUAAAAAAAAAAACAAAAAAACAAAAAAAAAGCCAAAAGUACCAAAGUUUUAAAAAAUGCAAUUAAGGGGUCGUUUGGAGUUGCGAUUGUUUUGUUGAGAUUGUCAUUAUGCAUGUAUUGUUUAUAAUGCAUCGGUUUUUUGUUUUUUUAGUAGAAACAAUACAUGGAUUGUUUCUAUGAUGUGACAGAAACUAUCACUCAUUUUGAGUGAUUGUUAUAUCUCAACUUUUAGUUGUGAUUGUUGAGAUAGUUGAGUUGAGAUUGUUUUGUAUCAGCUUUUAGUUGAUGCGACAUACACAAUCACACAUACCAACCGUUGUAUUCUACAAUGCAUCAAAUUCGACAAUACAUGUAUAAUAUUAUACAUGCACUCUCAACAAUGCAUCUAUUUAACAAUCGCAACUUUCAAACGACCCUUAAUUUACCAAAAAAAAACAUGCAUUUAUUAUCCAUCUCAAAACAUAUAUGGGUUUUCCUCUACAAUCUUUUUUCUUCCAAUUUAUAUAUGUUGAUUAAUUUCACUAUUUUUUAAGUUACAAAAUAUGCACAAUAAAUAUGCUAAACUCUAUAAUUACUGCUAUAGUUUUGAUAUUCAAAGCGUGUUCUUUAUUGGCUCAAAUGUGUAAUUUUUUCGUAAAUGAAAUCCAUGUGUUCAAUAAAUAAUUAAAGAAAUCAGUGUAUACGCAAAAUGAGUAGUGUGCAGUAAAAAAAUACUAUUUUCCAUGAUUAAUACAAAACUUAUUAUACGUUGUAGAAUACUGAAAUAUACCCAGCCACGAGCACGGGUAUGAUACAAUAGUUCCUUUUUUUAAUUAUCUUAGUAAAUUUUUCGUUUAAUAUGCGUGUAUAUUGACCUAUAUUAUAUUUAAAAACUUUUAUGUUGUACUAUUGGUAAAUGAUUUUAUAUAUAUUUUUUCGUUUAUUCGAUCACUCACGUUCUAAAACCAUAUAACAUGUUUAAUAUAUGUAUGUAGUAAGCUAAUAUGUUAAAAUAAAAUUAUUUAUUGGUACAAUAUUUUACUAAUUAUGAUCCUCAUUAGUAUUGUUGUUGAAAAAUUGUUCCUAUGUUAAUUUCCGAACUGUUUUCUCAUCAUCAGCAUUUUUAUAUAUAUUUUUUAUUUUUUAAUAAUAGUUUUGUGUUGCCCUUGCCCACACCACACCAUACACACCACCCAACCCUCUCCCAGACCACACCUCUCUCUCUCUCUUCUUCUUGUCCUUCUCUCUCUCUCUCUCUGCCUAAAGUCCAUUCCUUUCCUUCUCUCCCCCCACAAACCGAGCCACGUUCUGCAUCAUCACCAUCAUCUUCAACCCAUCCCUCUUCACCGCCAAAAUCCUUUCCCUCUUCGCCGUCCAGAAUCCCGCUGCGAUCUGCUCUUCGUCUGCUAACUGGGUCAAGUCAAAGCUGGUCCCUUUAUUUUGCGGUCUGGUGGUGUAGCUGGGGUUUGAUUCCUUGGGAUACUUGCCUGGAAAUGGUGGGUUUUCGUACUUUUCUGUUCUCAUCGUAGUCUUUCAGAAAGAGGUUGGCUGAUCUGUGCUCAACUGGGCAUGUGGGUUGCUCUCAAUUGGAACCAUGGUUGUGUUGCUGUACUGUUUUUGGACUUCUGGGGUAGAAGUGAAGCUGAUUAGGUGAAAAUUUUUCAUUUUUUUUCCGCCACGUUUUUGGGGGUUUCUUCUCCACCUAAGAUCCAGUCUCCGUUUGAUUGCUGCUGUUGUUUUUCCUUCUUUCCCUCCUCUCUCCGUUAUUGUGUAUUUUUAGAUCUCCGUUUCUUCAAUUGAGGAAUCUAGUUUCCAGAAAUCUAGGGAUUAAGCCAUGGAAGCUAGAUUUGGGACGGAAGCUACUCAUUUCUAUGGUAUGAGUGCCAUGGAUAUGCGGGCAGUGGGGAAAAGAAGCCUGGAAUGGGAUUUGAAUGACUGGAAAUGGGACGGCGAUCUUUUUAUCGCUAGCCCUUUGAAUUCCGUACCUUCUGCUGGUAUGAGCAAGCAGUUUUUCCCACUCGGCACGGGGAAUUCCUCCAACAGUUCGUCCUCUUGUUCAGAUGAAGUGAAUCAUCUGGAAAUUGAGAAAGGGAAAAGGGAGACAGAAAAGAGAAGGAGGGUUAUUGAUGUUGAAGAUGACAACUUGAAUGAUCAGGAAGAAGCGGGUACUCUGAGCCUGAAGCUUGGAGCACAUGGAUUCCUUGCAGGAGAGAGGGAGAUGGGGAAUUGGGAGGGAAACAGUGGGAAGAAGACCAAGUUGAAUGGUGGAGGUAGCUCAAGUCGUGCAGUUUGUCAGGUGGAGGACUGUGGUGCUGAUCUGAGUAAGGCUAAAGAUUACCACAGGAGGCAUAAGGUCUGCGAGAUGCACUCCAAGGCCACCAAGGCCCUUGUGGGAAAUGUUAUGCAGCGUUUCUGUCAGCAGUGUAGUAGGUUUCAUGUCCUGCAAGAAUUUGAUGAAGGGAAGAGAAGUUGCCGUAGGCGUUUGGCUGGACAUAAUAAAAGGAGAAGGAAGACAAAUCCUGAGGCUAGUAGCAAUACAAAUACGGUGCAUGAAGAUCAGACUGGCAGCUACUUACUGAUAAGCCUUUUAAGGACACUGACCAAUAUGCACUCCAAUAAAUCAGACCAAGCGACAGAUCAAGAUCUGUUGUCUCAUCUCUUAAGGAGCCUAGCUGGGCAAACAAUUGAACACGGAGGAAGGAACAUAGCAGGGCUCCUGCAAGAACCUCGAGAAUUGCUCAAUAAUGGCUCUUUGUCAGGAAAUCCCAAGCAAGCUCAACUUCUGCUUACAAAUGGUGCAAGUAUGCAGACCUCGUCUUCUAUGAAAUCCAGGAUGCCAGAUAACUAUCCAGCAUGUUCAGAAGUUCGUGACAGUAAUCCAGGGCACAUGAAGAUGAAUAACUUUGAUCUGAAUGAUGUGUAUAUCGACUCUGAUGAUGGAACUGAAGAUGCGGAAAGAUCACCACCUCUUGCUAAUGGAGGGACUAGCUCCCUUGGUUGCCCUUCAUGGGCACAACAAGACUCUCAUCAAUCAAGUCCACCACAGACAAGUGGAAACUCAGAUUCAGCAUCUCCACAGUCACCUUCCAGUUCCAGUGGAGAUGGACAGAGCCGGACAGAUCGAAUUGUUUUCAAGUUAUUUGGAAAGGAACCAAAUGAUUUUCCUUUGGUUUUGCGAGCCCAGAUCCUUGAUUGGCUUGCUCACAGUCCUACUGAUAUUGAGAGUUACAUUCGUCCUGGUUGUAUUGUUCUUACCAUUUACCUUCGUCAGGAUGAGACAGCAUGGGAUGAACUCUCCUGUGAUCUUAGCUCUAGUUUGAUUAGGCUUCUGCAUGCAUCAGAUGACUCUUUCUGGAGAACUGGAUGGCUAUUUAUCAUGUUGGAGCAUCAAAUUGCCUUCGCUUAUAAUGGUCAGGUUGUUGUGGACACUUUUUUGCCUCUUAGAAGUAUCAACAGUAGCAAAAUCUUCAGUGUCAAACCAAUUGCAGUAUCUGAGACAGGAAAGGUUGAAUUUUUUAUAAAGGGGACAAACUUGUCCCGCUCAAGUACAAGGAUACUUUGUGCCAUUGAAGGAACAUAUAUGGCCCAAGAAGAAAGUGAUGAACUGGCGGAUACUGUUGACAGCCAGGGCGAAGGCCAGCUGCAGUGUGUCUCUUUUUCUUGCUCUGUUCCCACCGGACUUGGAAGAGGAUUCAUUGAGAUUGAAGAUGAUGGUAUUAGCAACGGCUUCUUUCCAUUCAUAGUUGCUGAGGAAGAUGUUUGUUCAGAGAUACGCAUGCUUGAAGAUGCUUUGGAAUUUAUUGAAACUGAUGUGAACUUGGCUGAGGGUGGAAGAAUGGAUGCCAAAAACAGAGCGAUGGACUUCAUUCAUGAAAUGGGUUGGCUUUUGCACAGAAUACAAUUGAAGUCAAGAUUGACUGACAUGGAUCCCAACACGGAAUUCUUCCCUCUAAAACGAUUCAGAUGGCUUAUGGAGUUUUCCAUGGACCACGACUGGUGUGCUGUAGUGAGAAAACUCCUGAGCAUAGCUCUCAACGGAAUGGUUGAUAUAGGAGAAUACAGCUCUCUGGGUCUAGCUUUGUUGGAAAUGGGCAUUCUGCACAGAGCUGUGAGGAGGAAUUCUAUGUCCCUUGUUAAUUUCCUUCUGAGAUAUGUCCCCGAGAAUGUGCAGUCUGAAGAUGAGGCAGUUUCCACUUGGAUUGAGAGCAACAAAGGCUUUCUGUUUCGGCCGGACAUGGCUGGCCCUGGAGGUUUGACCCCACUUCAUAUUGCAGCUGGUAAAGAUGGAUCUGAGGAUGUAUUGGAUGCAUUAACUAAUGAUCCCCAAAUGGUUGGAGUUGAAGCAUGGAAGAAUGCUCGCGAUAGCACUGGCUUUACACCCGAGGACUAUGCCCGGCUACGUGGACACUACUCGUACAUCCACUUAGUACAGAGGAAGAUCAACAGGAAAUCCGGGUCUGGUCACGUGGUGCUGGACAUCCCAGGCAAGGAGGCUUCAGAAACCAGCACCGACCAGAAGGAAACCGAAGCACGAACUUCUUCCACCUUGGAGAUUGCUAUGCCGACAUCAUCUAAACCUGUCAGCGGCAGCAGCAGCAACUGCAAGCUGUGUAGCCACAAGGUGGCUUAUGGGGUACCGAGGCGGUCUCUGCUGUACAGGCCUGCAAUGCUGUCAAUGGUUGCUGUGGCUGCAGUCUGCGUCUGUGUGGCUCUUCUGUUCAAGAGUUGUCCUGAGGUGGUGUACGUGCUGAGUCCAUUCAGGUGGGAGAUGUUGGAGUUUGGAACCAGCUAAAAGCUCAGACGACGACGAGAGAUGGGAUGACUGCCUUGUGAGUUAGGGAAGUGUUUGUAUUAUGAUAUCAUUAAUAUGAAAUCAAGUUAGUUUAAAAAAGAUUUGUAUGGCCCUAUAUAAGAAGAUUUUAAAGAGAGUUUAUGAGUCUCGUCUUUGGGAGACAGAUUACCCUUUGGUUCCUGUAUAACAAAAGAAGGUUUCUGGACAGACAUGGGAGUUCUGAGAUUCUGCUAAACUUAAGCAAUGUGAUUUGACAUAUUUAUUUGUUUAUUAUUUAUUUUUGGAUCAUUCUCAUAUCAUAUGAUCUUCUGCUACGUGAAUUGGAUCAAGACUCAAGAGGUUUGAGGGGGAGGGGAGAGUUCUGUCGUUCAUGUUCACUAAGGCCAAGUAAUGAAAAGCCAACACAACCGAAUUCAACAAUAGACAGACUUCCCUCUUUUAAGUUUUCAGAUCAAACUUCUUCCCCUAACAGAUCAAGAACACCUGUGACAUAGUGCAGAAAGUUAAAGUUUAUGGUUUCUGGUAUUAACAGAAAGAGAAUCUCAACAUUUAUCUCUGAAAGGGAUUGUCAGUGCUGCUCUGUCUAAUACUGCUCAUUUGAUGUACAGCGAUAGAUCUGGUUUCCUAUCUUGUCUCCUUGAGUGUGGGGGUUAGGUACUGCCGACACAAUGAACUUCAUAAAGAAAAACCAAUGUAACCAUUGUUGCCGUGGCAUGUUCUUCAAAACUACUGCAACUUGUUCAAUAUAUAUAGGACGAAUUGCAAGUUUGGUCACUCGGUUUAUCAAUAUGGUUCACAUUUUCCAUUCAAAAAAAUUCUCAUUUUCAUUGGUCAUCGAUUUUAUACUUUUAUUUCACCAUUAGUUAUUGACUGUCAAAUUCUAUUAAGUUUGUCCUAGGUGGCAGUCAAUUAUAAUCUUUGACCGUUAACUAUAUAAUGUGACAAUUUAAAAAAGCAAAUAUUACCGUUAACUAUAUAAUGUGACAAUGGGAAAAUAUUUAGAUCCAACCAAUCCAUUUGGUAGAUUUUGAUUAGUUGAAUUCUCUUUUUUUUUUCUUAAUUAAUUGUUUUUAGAGGUCUUAUUGUUAAAUAGAUGUGUUGUUGUGAAUACGUAUAUAAUAUUAUGCAUGUAUUGAUGAAUGAUAAAAUAUAGUGUUGGUAUGUGUGAUUGUGUAUGUCACAUCUAGGGGUGUGCACAUGGGUGGUUAAUCCGUAGAUUGAUAUCGAUCCACCCGCAAGUAAUGGGUGAUUGAUGUGGGUGGAUUGCGGAUCUAUAAAUCUCUCACCGCACUUAUGUGGGUGGGUGGUGGUGGAUUGCGGGUCACCCAAAUGACCCCAUCUUAUUUUCACAUCAACAAUUGUUGUUUCUUAUAGUAUCUAAUAUUCAUCAUAUUUCCAAACCGCACAACAAUCUCACCAUAUAUACUUCUAAAGGUGGAGAAAAAGAAUAGUUUUGACUAUUAUUGUUGGUUAUUGUGUUGUGUAAAAUCUAUUACAUAUUGGAUAUUUGAAUGCGAUAAUAUCCAUUAAAAAUUGGGAUGAAAACUAUAGAUUAUUAAUUGUAUCAAAAUCAAAAAAUGCAAAUGUUUCUCUGCACAAUUGGUUGAUAGAGUAGUAAUUCUUUUUAUACAAAUACUUCAUGGAUUCACUUGAGACAAAAUGAGAAGUGUCUAUAUUGAUACAGUCUUCCUAAUUUGCUACGAGCUUAUUAUAAAUGUUAGUCAACUUUCUUAAUUUCUUGUUAGAGAAUUGCUUUUGCGAGAUAACCCACGACCCAACCGCACUCAUCCGCUACCCACCCAACCCGAUCCACAGAAGAAUGCGGAUGGAUUGCGGGUCACAAAUAUUCCAACUCGCUAGUAAGCGGGUGAGUCAAUUUGAUACGAAAACCCACCCAACACGCCCAUUGCCCACCCCCAACUAAAAACUUAGAUAAACA